ACAUCAUUCUGAAUUUGGUUUGGACCACCAGAAAACUUUGACUUCUCCUUAAAAAGAAAAAAACCCUCAAACUCUAAAUCAGAUGUGACUGCCAACACUGUUUGCUUACCUUGUCAUAUUUUGUCUAAACUAAUCUUCCAGUAAAACCUGAUUUUCAGCUGCAUGUGACAAUGUUGGUUCCUCUCCUUUUUGGUUGAUAGUAAAAAGAAAAGCAUGCUUUUAACUUCUGUACAGGGUUCAAAAACAUGAGUACAUGAGUAUCAAUUUUUACAGCUUACAGUUUGUAACUAAAAAAGUUAGUAUCUUACAAUCCUAAUACCAACACAUAUUUCUUUCAGUGCAUUUAAAGAUGCCUAGACGUGAUGAUAUGACCAGCUUUCUGCAGCAGUCAGUGUCACUUUUUGUCCAACGUGUGGUGUCUAAAUUCCAGAUCAGGCCAAAGAUUCUGGGGGUUUUGGAAAUAUCAAUAGCUAUAACGAUGUUAAUCUUAGCAAUCUGGACAGGAUUUUUAUAUCUCCUCUGGUCAUGUUUAAUUUCAAUUUUAACCGGAUCUGUGACGGUGUUAGCUGCAUGUACACGUAACACAUGUUGGGUCAGAAUCUCGCAAUUUCUAAACUGUUUCAAUGCCAUAGCAGCUGCUAUCUCCGUCCCAUUUCACUGUCUUGACAGUGAUGGUGUGACUCUAAUUCUCUUGGUUUUCUGUGAUGCUCUGGUCUUCAUCAUCUCUGUUAUAGUUGCAUCGUCUUCCUGUGACUGCUGCAGGAUGAAGUCAAGACAUGUUGCAGUCAGUUACAUAAUCCGAGAUGUGCCUUAUAUGACUGACAACAAUAUUGUGCAACCGGGCCCUUUUGCACCUGAUCUGAGUCCUUUACAGCAUCAACCAAAAUACCUUCCAAGUCCUCUUGCACCACCACCAAAUUACCAUCCAUAUCCUAUACAUCCAGCAAACUACAACCCAAGUUCUUCAGCACAGCCACCAAAUGACCAUCCAAGUCCUUCUGCACCUCCUCCAAUCUAUGAUCAAAGUCCUUCAGUACCUCCACCAAACUAUGAUCAAAGUCCUUCAGUACCUCCACCAAUCUAUGAUCAAAGUCCUUCAGUACCACCACCAAACUAUGAUCAAAGUCCUUCAGUACCUCCACCAAACUAUGAUCAAAGUCCUUCAGUACCUCCACCAAACUAUGAUCAAAGUCCUUCAGGACCUCCACCAAUCUAUGAUCAAAGUCCUUCUGUACCUCCACCAAUCUAUGAUCAAAGUCCUUCUGUACCUCCACCAAAUUAUGAUGCAAGUCCUCCACCAAGCUACAAUCCAUGUCCUUCUGCAACUUCAGUGAACUAUUAGGUAAUUAAGAGAAAUCAGCUUCUUUUUUCCAACCAAGACUUUUUCAGACUCUCACUCUUAAAACAUUGUGACAGCUCCAUAUUAUCAGCAUUCAUUUGUGUUACCUCAUAAGCAUUACUUAUAGAUGCACAAGUUUACAACUGUAAAAACAUUUUUUUCAUUGUUUGUAUAACCUUAAAUUUGAGUUAGAAAUUCUGUUAUAAUUGGAAUGUCACAGAAACUGACAUUAAGAGAUUAUAUUGGAUUUAAUAUUGUAAUGUUAAACACACUGCUAUUUACUAUAAUUAUUAGAUGUAUGUGUGUGAUUACAAGAUAUUAGUCAUCAUAAAACAGUAUCAAAAAGAGUCUGCCAGCUCUUUCAAGUGUUUGGUGUUUUCUGACUUUUAAUCAAAAUAGCAGAUAUGAAAAGAGACAUAAUGCUGCAUACUGUAGGCUAUAGUAGGCUAUACAUCCCAGAUGUUUCA